AUGGAUUCAGCAGAAAUUCGAAAUGAGAUUAUUGCCACAAUUACCAACGCGCUUUUGUAUCCAGAAGUGUACGGCGAUCGUUUUUUUGCACAACUUGUUUCCUCGGACGAUCGCGGAUUUGUACCGCUGACACUAAUUCAAAACAUGAUCAAAGAACUUGAUACGGUGCCGGUCAAAUAUAUCGAACAUUGUGCAGACAAGGAACCUGAUCGACUGCAGCUCAGUAUUGAUCGUACCAAGAUAAGGAUUGCCGGACAGUAUGAGGACGACCCAAUGGAUGAGCGGGAACGCGAAACUGACGCCUACGGCAAGCAGCAGCAGCAGCAGCAGACGAUAGCUCAAGAACGAAAAGACACAUCGUCAUCGACACCACCAUCGACACCCUCGUCACCAUCAUCGUUUAAAACAGCACCAUCAUCACCAAUAAAGGAAGAAGAAGAAGGAACAGAGCCACCACGAAACAAAGCAUCUGAAUACUUUCGACCGUAUAUUCCAUCAUAUGCAUCAAAACAAUCAAUUGCAGCCCCGAUCUAUUAUAACAACGGCAAAUUCUACAAUGAUGAGAGAGAGUUGAACAAAAUAGUGGGUCGAGAUCGACCAGUGGAGGUUCCGUCAUAUGAAAGACUUGAAGUCGAUACAAUAGGUGAUUCGAGGAUCAGAGAGAACGUACACGUAUGCUGGAACUGUGGGAGCGAAGUACAUAAGUACAGUGAUUGUCCCAAACCGCGCAAUGAUGCCAUGGUCAACGAGUAUCGCAAACGUCUCAAGAAGAAUGCCAAGGGGCAACCCAAUAUGGGCCGAUUUUUCAUGAACUUGGAAUUCAAAGACAAGAUUGACAAGCUUCAUCCUGGACGCAUAUCCCUCCAGCUGCAAGAAGCAUUAGGUAUGGACAAUCGGUACCCUGAACCACCGUACUAUUCGAAAAUGCGACAACACGGAUAUCCGCCUGGGUAUUGGGGAACUCCUGAAGAUAAAGAUGCGCUAUUAUCUCAGUGGAACGAUUCUAUUGGUUGUUCUGAAGAGCUGCUUUAUGAGAACGUCCCAGAGCUAAACAUUUAUACGGAUGCUGAAUCUUACGAGCAAAACCACGAUGAAGAUGAUGAAGGUCCAGUGAUAAGCGUUGGAACAAACGAACGUGUCAAGUUAGUCCAUUAUCCCGGUCUGGAAACAAGGAGUGAGCUGCGAAAACACAGGCACACGACGACCACUACGCCCCAUCUGGACUAUACCUAUGCCCCGGCUUACUAUUUGGAAAAUAGUCAACCGUACUCCAAAACGACUCGUACUACUACGGCUGACAAUACCACCACCACUGUUACUGCUACUGUUCCUACCGCACAUGUGCAGACAACAGCGGCAACCGAAGUUUACCCAUCACCAUCUCCAGUUCCACCAACACAAGGAUCACAAGAGCAGUAUUACUAUUCGUAUUACUAUCAGCAUUCUCAACAACAACAAUAUCAACCAUCUGUACCUUACUAUCCACAUUCUGAUUACCCACAACCUGUACAAAGUAGCAUUUCCGGGAUUCCCCAGCUGGAACAACCUGUAUCAUACCUCCCAGAGAAAGCCGAUGAAAAGAUGGAUGAUGGCGAGUCUGACAUGGACAUCUCUGAUGUUGACGACUAA